AUUCGACUGAGCUUGUUUGAUCCAGCAACAUCUUUUGGCUGAUUAUAAACCUUAAAUAUCAUCAGAAAAGAAUACUCAAGAUAAGUGUGAAUUAUAAAACAUAAAUAAAGCAAAUUAUUUGCUUUAUCAUAGUUUGAAAUAAAAUAAAAAAAGUGAAAAGUUGCAUCAUCAAAUCCACGAGGAAAGAAAGGAAAUUUCUCGAAUAACUAGUGAAUAGUGGUAGAAAAAUAUAGAUUAAUCACAAAGUGGAAUAUUGCCUGACUGCUAAAGUCCAUUAGACAAAACGAAACAGGAUAAAAUGACUACAAAUAUAAUGAAUAUGGUUCAUGAGACCAAAUACGAAACCUUAUUUAAUAUUACGGAGAAAGACUUAAUUUGAUUUUAAUUGGAACAAUCAGCUGAUUUGUUGAUUGAACACUAAUUAAAUAAAUUCCUAUCUUCUUUCUUCACGUGUAAAUUAUGUGUAAAAAAUCAAAAAAUUCCUGAAAUAUUUUCAACACUCAGUGAUAAUAGUAAAAAUAAUAAUAUAAUAAUACUACUACUAAAUAACCAUCAGACUCAUCGCUCAAACUAAUCUAAUUUCAAUCAAAUAAAUAAAUGAGUAAAAUGUCAACACCAGCCAUGAAACCACCAGCACCAAUCACACCACCUCCACCUCAACCAUCAACUGGAUCUCUUUCCCCCAAGAAAGUGGGCGGUAAAUUUAGCUUAUUCUCUCAUAUCAAAUACGAGCACAUGGUUGCAGGAAUAUCAGGUGGAGUAACAUCGACAUUAAUUUUGCAUCCUUUGGACCUUAUCAAAAUACGAUUUGCUGUUAAUGAUGGUCGUACAGCCGCGCCACAAUAUCGAGGCUUAGGCAGCGCAUUCACAACAAUCUUCCGUCAAGAAGGCUUUCGAGGACUCUACAAAGGCGUCACACCAAAUGCUUGGGGUUCUGGAAGUGCUUGGGGAUUUUAUUUCCUUUUCUACAACACAAUCAAAGGAUGGAUAAAUGGUGGAAAUGCAACAACACCACUCGGACCGUCACUUCAUCUUCUUGCUGCAAGUGAAGCUGGAAUUCUUACACUUUUAAUGACAAAUCCAAUUUGGGUUGUAAAGACAAGGCUUUGCUUGCAAUAUGACAACAACGUUGAUCCGAAAUGUGAUAAACGUUAUCGUGGCAUGAUCGAUGGAUUAAUGAAAAUUUAUCGAACGGAAGGAUUUCGUGGACUCUACAGCGGAUUUAUUCCGGGAAUGUUGGGUGUUUCUCAUGGCGCAAUUCAGUUUAUGACCUACGAAGAGAUGAAAAACGCAUAUAACGAACACCGAAAAUUGCCAAUCGACAGUAAACUGACAACAGCUGAGUAUCUCACAUUCGCUGCUGCUUCAAAGCUGAUUGCAGCUGCCACAACAUAUCCUUAUCAGGUGAUACGGACGCGUCUUCAAGAUCAGAAUCACACCUACAAAGGAACGUGGGACUGCAUCAAGAAAACGUGGAGGUACGAAAGAAUGCCCGGUUUUUAUAAAGGCCUUGCGCCAUAUCUCGUUCAUGUUACGCCAAACAUUUGCCUCGUUAUGUUAAUCUACGAGAAGUUUACAAGAAACUAAUUUAAAAUUAGUUUCGCAUGUCCAAUCAAAGCCGCAAAACUUUCUCAAGUAAAACAAACAAGCAAAAAAAGUUUAAAAAGGAAAAUAAAAUAAACUUUUCUAUUUUGAUACUCAAAACAAUUCUUAGCAACAGUUUAAGUUAGGAGAAAAAAGAAAAUUUAAAAUUACUUUCCAAUCCCCUUUUCCAAAUGUUAUUAAAAUAUGAAAAACAAAAGAAAAGAAAAUGAAAGAAAAUUUGUAGCGAAAAAAGACGAAAGAUCCAAAAUUAAUCAUUUGAAUUAAUAUCAAAACAUAUUUAAGUAGUGUUGUCUUAUUAUUAUUAUUUUUAUUAUUAUUAAUUGAAUUAAGUUUAUUUUCUUACUUCAAGUUUUGCUUUCUUUCUACGUCUUUUAAAUUUUUUUCUAUUCUUUUCUUUCAAACAUUUAUAACUUUUCAUAUGAUAAUGUGUCCGACUUACAAACCUUAACUAAACAUAUUUAUAUUGUUAGUUGUUAGAAUAUUAAGCAAACAUCUACAGAAAAAGAAGAAAAAUCAUAAUUAAGUAAUAAACAUUUGGAACAAGUUACAGGAAAGUUAAAAAAGUCAUGAACUUAAAACUAAAACAAAUGAAAAGUUUUCAUCUCGAAAAUAUUUUAAGACAUAAACAAAGAAUUCUUCUCUCGUUUAAUUACUUAAGUAACGUGCAAGAAAGUUCAAGAAUAUUUUUAUUUUUAUCUGAGUGCUAUUUUUAAUGAGUGUUUUUAUCACUUGACAAUAGCACGUCUGAUUCAAAUGAGUACUUGCGCGUGCUAAGUAUAAAAGAUUAUCAACAUUCUUCAUUAUCAACAAAAAUUAAAUAAAAAAUAGACAAGAAGAAGAAGAAAAGACGCAAACAAUUAACUGACGUUGAACUCUUUUAUUUUGGAUUAAAACCUGCCUGAUAACAGCAACGUUGGAUUUACCUGAUAAGACACGAAAUAAAAAACUGAAUUGUGAUGUUAAAAUUUAGAUAAAAAUGUGUCAGAUGAAGAAACUGAUACAAGAACAAACUAACAAAUAAAUUUAAGCGAGACAUUUGUAAUUGAUUAGAAUGUCAAUGAAAGUAAACUGAAAAAAUGUCUUUUUAUUGCACUUUUACCUCUGGCAAGUUAGAUUCUGCUUUCGGUGAAAUUUAUUUAAAAUUUUUAAAGUUAAAAUUGUGUCUUCACAAUCGAGAUCUUAAAUAUCUUCAAUUUAAUAAUUAUCAAGACAAAUAAGAGUGGAUGUGAGAUGAAGCAUCGAAAAGAAUCUGUUUGCUUAAGGUAAGCAAUAAAAAUAUAAAUUUUUUGUGUGCUCACUUCAUUCUUUAUCAUUUUUAAUUAUUUACAUUUGUCACCAUUGAACAACAUCUGCUUGAAGUUUAUUUUUAACAUCAAACUUUUCUGUUGCGUUUUAAAAGGUUCAUGUCAAAAAUAUGAAUGCCAAUCAUUAGAUAAAUGUUUAAGUAGAUGAAAUAUUAGUUAAGAUUAUAAUAAUUUAGAGUUAGAUUAUUGACAUCAAGGGAGAGAAGGAAAGUUUCAAGACACUUCCAACAUAUUUCAAGAUAAAAAGGAACCUUGAACCUCAUUAUCACAGUUGUAAUAAAAUUUCUAUCUUAUAAGCUUUUUAUUCCUCACAAUAUUUUUCCCAUAAAUGUGGAAAAUUUCUUACAUCAAACAUGACAUAAACUUACAGCGUUUCAGAAGUCAUGAGUUCUUCAUCACGAGCAUGAUUUAUGAGUUCAUGUGAAUGAAAGCUUUAGGCCUCUCGAAUGUCAUAAAAACGAGUAAUGUAGAAAGCAAAUUUGUUGAACGAACACUUUACAAGAUUUUCCUUCAACAAAUUCUUUAACAAACAUAUUUAACACUGCUUAUAAGUGUUGCGUUUUAAUCUUUUUUUUUCUAUUUUUUAGCAUCGAAAUAUUUCACUCUCAUUUUAGAUUUACAUAUAAGAAAAAAAAUGUCGCGAAUCGAUUAGCAUAGAAAGUGGUAAAUAAUUUAUUAACAUUUUCAUUUUUCUUUCUCUUUUCCCUCCUGCCAUUUAAAAAUGGAAAAUCAUUUUUAGAUUUGAAGGUUGGCGUGGAUUUUAUAAGGGACUGAAGCCUAAUCUUACAAGAGUUGUGCCAGCUUGCUGUAUAACAUUUGUGACAUAUGAAAACAUAUCGCAUUAUAUGUUGACGCAGCGAAAAGCAAGAGAGAUGACUGAAAUCAAAAAAGAAUCCUAAAAUUCUUAUACACAAAAACCAAACCAAAGAUGACGAGAAAAUUCACCAAAAGAACAAAAUUAAAAUUCAUUUUCCUCGUUAGAUUUUUUCCGACUUAAUUGUGAAAGAUAAUCAAAUGAAGAAUUUAUUAAAUCUGUGAUUGCAUUUAGUUCCUUCAAAGAUGAAUAAUUUUAACUAAGUUUAAUUCAUCAAUUUUUGUUAUCUUUGGAAAUUAUCUUAAAGAGAAAUGAAAAUGAAUUUUAAUCAUAAAUUUGAAACUUUUAUGUUGUUAAAAACGAAUCACAAUUUGGUAAAAUAAGUCGACUUAUAAUAAAAAUACUUAUUUCCUUCCAGGAUUUUAUCGUCUUCUAAAUAUUUUAAGAAAUUUGAUAAAUGAAUUAAAAGUUCAAUAACUAAUUAAAUUUUCUUGUGUUUCAGAUGAAAGAAACUUAGUUUGCUUCUUCCAUUAUCAUCACCAUCAUCAUCAACCUUCAUUUACACUUUCAACCGCUUUUUGGUUUGUAAUUAAAUUAAUAAAAUUACUUAAUAAAGAAAUUUUUUCUUUUUU